GGGGCGGCGGGGCCGGCGGCGGGGUCGGGGCCGGGGCCGGUCCCGGGGGUCCCAGCCAUGCUCAGCCGUCUGGGAGCGCUGCUGCAGCAGGCGGUGGAGACGCGGGAGCCCAGCGUGGACCUGCUGGAAGCCUUCACCGAGCACUGGAAAGGCAUCACCGGCUACUACCUGGAGGCCACAGACGAGAGCAUCCCGGCGCGGCAGACGGACAUUCCCUGGCGCCUCCGGCAGAUGUUGGAUAUCCUGGUGUACGAGGAGAAGCAGCGCCCGGCGGGCGAGACCGGGCCGUGCCUCGAGUACCUGCUCCAGCACAAGCUGCUGGAGACACUGGGAACACUGGGAAAGGCGGAGUAUCCCCCCGGGAUGAGGCAGCAGGUCCUGCUCUUCUUCGGCCGGGUGCUGGGGCAGUUGCAGCACCCGCUCCUGCACUACCUCAACGUCCACCGGCCCGUGCAGAAGCUGCUCCAGCUCAGCGGGGACCGCCUGGGCUCUGGCACGGAGAAGGAGGAGGUGCAGUUCGCCGCCGUCCUCUGCUCCAAAAUCCAGCAGGAUCCCAGCCUGCUGCCCUAUAUCCUGGAGGGGAAGAAGAUCCUGAACGGAAGGAGAGCCCUGGAGCCGCCGGACAACCCCAGGGAAGAGGGUUCGGAGCAUCCCCCGGGCCCUGCUGCCAGCUCCCCUCCAGCCGAGCCCUCCCCGCCACGCCGGGACAGCAACCUCGUCACCUGCCUGGUGGGGCUGUGCAGGAGCAAGAAGAGCCGUGUGGCGCUGAAGGCUCGGGAGAACCUGCUGCUGCUGGCGGGGCUGUCCCAGGAGGCGGCUGCCACCUGCCUGGUGCGGGGCAGUGCCCUGUGCCAGCUGCUCACGGGCCACCUCUGCGACCUCUACAGCGCCGUGCCCGCCGGCACUGACCCCGCUGAUGUCCUCGCCAUGGACAGGGCCAGCUGGAGGUCGCAGGGGGAUGGUGCCGGUGCCGCGGGUUUCCCGGGGAAGGAGAGCCUGGCUGAGUUCCUGGGCUGGCUGGACUUCCUGGAUGAGCUGGUGCUGGGCGCCCACCCGCUCGUGGCCGAUGCCAUCACCGAGGCUGUGGAGGAGAAGUUUUUCCAGGGAAUCCUGCAGCCGCAGCUCCUGCAGAUGUCAGAGCUGGCCGUGCUGGGCGCCACGGCCGUGCUGACGGGCACGGUGCGGCAGCUCCGCGCGCCCACCCUGCUCAACCGCCUCGUCCUCUUCCUGCUGGGGCCCCACCGGCACCCCGAGACCCCCGGGGACACCCCACACCCCCUGCGGGCGCAGCUCAUUGACCGCUGCGACCACCUGUGCGACGAGAUCAGCCUGGCCAGCCUGCGGCUCUUCGAGGAGCUCCUGCGGAAGCCCCACGAGCACGUGGCUCACAACCUGGUGCUGCGGAACCUGGAGGCCAGGGCGUACCUGCAGAGCGGCCCCCACGCGCCCGAGGAGCGCGGGCCCCCCGAGACGGACCCCGAGGAGGACGGGCUGGACCUGGAGGAGGAUCCCUAUUUCACCGACGGAUUCCCAGACGACUUUGGGACGACGAAAAAUCCUUCCCCGGCAUCGGCCCCGUCGGGGAAGGGGCAAGUGAGCGAGGUGGUCAGCAGCUUCCUCUGCCUGGUCCCCGAGGAGGCCAAGACCUCCUCGUGCAUGGAGGAGGGCGGAUACGACACCUACGUGCACGAUGCCUUGGGAAUGGUCCAGGCGUGCCGUGCCAGCGCAGCCCCGUGGGGGUGGCCCUCGACCCCCCGGCCCCUGGACUCCUGUCAGCCCCGAGUGGCGUUUUACGAGGGACACUUCCUCAAGGUGCUAUUUGACCGGAUGAGCCGGAUCCUGGAUCAGCCCUACAGCCUGAACCUGCAGGUGACCUCGGUGCUGUCCCACCUGGCCGCCUUCCCCCACCCCCACCUCCACGAGUACCUGCUGGAUCCCUACCUCAACCUGGCCCCCGGCUGCCGCUCGCUCUUCUCUGUCCUCGUCAGGGUGAUCGGGGACCUGAUGCAGCGGCUCCAGCGCGUGCCCCAUUCCAGGGCCAAGCUGCUCCUGGUGCGCCAGCAGCUCCUGGGGCUGGUGCCGGGAGAGCAGAUGGAUCACACGGUGCUGUUCAAGGGCGUGGUGGUGCUCGAGGAGUUCUGCAAGGAGCUGGCUGCCAUCGCUCUGGUCAAGGGGCCACCCGAAGGGCCACCCUGAGCCCCUCUCUGAGCCCCCCCCCUCUCCGACCGGGCUGCGGUGGCCACUGGGGAUGGCCCAGCCCACGUUCCGGUAGCCCCCGGUGGCCCUGCAGUAGCCAGGAAUGGCCGUGGCACCGCGGGAAGGACCUCGCAGGAGGACGAGGAGGCGCCGAGUCCUUCGUUGUCACCUUGGCCAGCCCCGAGGUGACGCCACGUCCCCGUGCUGGGUGCGGAGCCAUGGGUGCUGUGGCUCCUCCUGGGUGGUGGGUCCCUGCUCCCCCCGCGCUGUCGGAGCUGCCCCGAACCCCCCAAGGCUCCAGCGGGGAAUUUUUAGGCAAUAAUGGGGUGUGGGAGGCAGUGCCCCCCUCUCAGCUGCAAGGACUCGAUUGUCCCCUGCCCUGGCGCUGUGGCAGGGGGAGUGUGACAUGUGUGACACGUGUGUGUGUGUGUGUGUGUGUGUGUGUGUGUGACGCGUGUGUGGUCUGGCAGGGGACUGUCCCCCCCAGACCCCGCACAGCCCCUCCCCAGGGUGAUGGGACUCUGCUCUAAUAAAGCUGUGACUCAGCUCCA